AGUUAUUCGUGUAUAAGUGAUACGUAUGGUGUAACAAAUACAAAAAAAAGUCAGCUUGUUUCGGUGUCGGACAAAGUGAUUUUACAAAUUUAGUUCCAUUUUCGACAUUCCGUCGGGAACAUCUCGCAAUUUGUCCGCAUUUUUUGUGCUAAAGUGAUUUUUUUUCUAUUGGAAAUAAAACUGAACUCUGAAAUUCUUAAUUAUUAUUGUGUUCAGUGCUGUGAUUUUGAUUAGAGUGUAACCUGUGACCGGUCUUUUGUUAAGAAUAUCCGAAAAUUUUUAAAUUAAUUUGUCACACUACCAAAACGAAAUUGUCCAAUUUAUUCAAUAUGAUAUUGCCAAUACUACGUACCGGUAUCAAUAAUACGAAAAAUAGUUUACCGUGUCAAUGGAAUACGUUGAAAAUAGCUGGCUGUACAAAUUAUCUGACAAGUAAUGGAAUUCGGGCUGCAUUCAGUUCAAAUGGAUCCAGAUUCAUUCUGGGACAUGGGAGUAAUAUCAACGAUAAAAAAGACGUCCUCGAAGGAGAAAAGCCAACAUUUUCGGAUAGAAGUCAGUUAAAAUAUGCCCGUCGUCUUGUCAUAAAACUGGGUAGUGCAGUUAUCACACGAGAAGACAACCAUGGAUUGGCACUGGGUAGACUGGCAUCAAUCGUUGAGCAGGUAGCUGAAUGUCAUCAUGAGGGUCGAGAGUGUUUAAUUGUUACAUCGGGAGCAGUGGCGUUCGGUAAACAAAAACUAACCCAAGAACUUUUAAUGUCCCUAUCGAUGCGGGAAACUCUAUCACCGAAGGAUCACACCCGUGAGGAUGCAGCAACCAUUUUGGAACCAAGAGCAGCGGCAGCGGUCGGUCAAUCCGGUCUCAUGUCCUUAUACGAUGCAAUGUUUGCACAAUAUGGGGUUAAAAUUGCCCAAGUAUUAGUGACGAAACCCGAUUUCUACAAUGAAAAUACGCGGAAGAAUCUGUUUUCUACGUUGUCGGAACUCAUCAGCUUGAACAUUGUGCCGAUAAUCAAUACAAACGAUGCAGUUUCACCGCCAAUGUUUAUUGAACAUGACGAAGCCACACCAGGCAGUGGAUCAAAGAAGGGUAUAGCAAUUAAAGACAAUGACAGUUUAUCGGCAAUGUUAGCCGCUAAUAUCCAGGCUGAUCUAUUGAUUCUGAUGUCGGAUGUGGAUGGAAUCUACAACAAACCGCCGUGGGAAGAUGGCGCUCGAUUAAUACACACUUACACAUCGACGGAUCGCAAUUUAAUUCAAUUCGGGACAAAAUCUAAGGUUGGCACUGGUGGAAUGGAUGCAAAAGUAAGUGCGGCUACUUGGGCAUUGGACCGUGGUGUUAAUGUUGUUAUAUGUAAUGGCACUCAAGAAAAAGCUAUUAAAACCAUAAUUGGUGGAAGAAAAGUUGGAACAUUUUUCACUGAGAGUGCUGCCGGUGGACCAACGCCAGUGGAUACUCUAGCGGAAAAUGCACGAGUGGGUAGUCGAAUUCUCCAAUCGCUAACACCUGAGGAACGUGCCGCAAGCGUGCACACAUUGGCUGACCUAUUAAUUACAAAACAAGCUCAAAUACUCGAAGCAAACGCGAAGGACAUAGCCGACGGAACGAAAGCCGGAUUAGCCAAACCGCUGCUAUCCCGAUUGUCCCUCACAUCAUCGAAAUUGAAAAGUUUAUCACUGGGACUGAAACAAAUCGCUGAUUCCAGUCAUCAGAAUGUGGGCCGAGUCUUGCGUCGAACUAAAUUAGCAGACAAUCUUCAAUUAACCCAAGUCACUGUUCCCAUCGGAGUGCUGUUGGUUAUCUUUGAAUCUCGUCCGGAUUCUCUACCUCAAGUCGCAUCAUUGGCAAUGGCAUCGGCGAACGGUUUACUGCUCAAGGGCGGCAAGGAAGCAUCUAACAGCAAUAAGGCACUCAUUGAAUUGGUCCAGGAGUCGCUGGCAAGUGUUGGCGCCGAAAAGGCAAUAUCGCUCGUUUCGACGCGUGAGGAGAUCAGCGAUCUCAUUUCAAUGGACAAACAUAUUGACCUGAUCAUACCGCGCGGUUCUUCCGAAUUGGUGCGCUCGAUACAAGAACAAUCUCAACACAUUCCGGUCUUAGGACAUGCCGAAGGCAUCUGUCACGUCUAUGUCGACAAAGAAGCUGAUCUGACGAAAGCAUUGAAAAUUAUUCGCGAUUCCAAGUGUGAUUAUCCAUCCGCUUGUAAUGCUAUGGAAACAUUGCUGAUUCAUGAGGACCUUAUGGAAGGACCAUUUUUCGCUGAUGUUUGCAACUUAAUGAAACGUGAAGGGGUUAAGGUGUACGCCGGACCGGCCUUAAGUCAAAAUCUAACUUUCGGACCACCGCCGGCGAAAAGUCUGAAGCAUGAGUACGGAUCGUUGGAAGCUACAAUUGAAAUUGUUAAGAAUCUGGAUUCAGCCAUCGACCACAUUCACAAGUAUGGCAGCAGUCACACCGAUGUUGUGGUCACCGAGAAUGAAAAUGUGGCCAAACAUUUCAUUCAGGCGGUGGACAGUGCAUGUGUCUUCCAUAAUGCCAGCUCCAGAUUCAAUGAUGGCUAUCGCUUCGGUUUGGGUGCAGAGGUUGGCAUUUCGACAGCUCGCAUUCAUGCUAGAGGACCCGUUGGCGUUGAAGGACUGUUAACAACUAAAUGGAUUUUACAGGGAACAGAUCAUGCGGUUACCGAUUUCGUUGAAGGCGGUGGCCGAACAUAUGUCCAUGAAAGUUUACCAAUUCAUUGAAUGAAUUGGCUUCGGCGCAGCGUAAAGACAAUGGAAAAUCAAAUUUCUUUAUUUUUGUAUGCAAUUUUUAAGUGUCGAAAUCAGAAAGGGUAAUUGUUGUAUGUCGAAUCCGAUUUGUCUUUUUUUUUUUAAGUUAUAUUAUCGUGCCGUAUUUGCACUAGAAUUAUUAUAAAAAUUGGAUUUGUAAAUAGAAAA